UUGAAAAUUUCCGUCCACUCUCUCCCCUUCCCUAACACCCCUGGGCUCUUGGAGCGUCUUCGGACCAAGCGCGGGGGGCGAGGGGGUGUCCGGGAAGGGGGAGGGGGCCUUACGAGAGCCCUCCCCACGUCCCGGGCCGCGGCGCUGAAUCACCGGCGAGGUUUCUGUACACGUGAAUGAGCCACCUGCCAGCCGCCACCAGCCCCCGGUGCCCAGUGUGAGAAAGGAGGUGUCGCCUGCCUGCCACUGGCAUGCCCCGCCAGCCCUCAGCCUGAGACCAGCGGUGCCUGCCCCUGCCCCCUGCCACCCUGCACUGCCCCGGCUCCCCCGCGGCCCCCACACUGCAGUGCGGCCGGGCCCCCUCCCCACAGGGGCCGCCCCCACCGCCCCCUCCUGGUGCCCGGGGCGGCCCGGCCCGCAGGGCCAUGAAGCUGCAGGCUGUGAUGGAGACGCUUCUGCAGCGGCAGCAGCGGGCACGCCAAGAACUGGAGGCCCGGCAGCCACCGCCGCCCCCUGAACCCCCAGCCCGCACCAGGGCCACUCCGGAGGAGGACAGGGAGCCUGAGAGCGCCCGGAUGCAGCGGGCGCAGAUGGCUGCCCUGGCCGCCAUGCGGGCCGCUGCCGCCGGCCUUGGCCAUGCGCCCAGUCCCAGCUCAGAGGAUGGGCCCCCCGGCUCGGAGGAUGAGGAUGCAGCCCUGGAGGGGGCACAGGGCUCGCCCACCCCACCCGGCCGAGGCAGGGAGGCAGCCAGCCUCCCCAUGGGCGAUGGCCGCUUUGAGGAUGCAGGCUCCGACGAUGACCUGAAGCCAAAAUGGGAGGAGGAGGAGGAGGAGGAGGAGGAGGAGGAACUGGAGGAAGACCUGGGGGAUGACGAAGAGGAUGAGGAGGAUGAGGACUACGAGGAUGAGGAGGGGCUUGGGCCCCCGGGCACCACCAGCCUGGGCCCCACAGCCCUGUUCCCCCGCAAGGCUCAGCCGCUCCAGGCCUUCCGUGGUGAUAGUGGAUCCCGGGCACUGGGUGGCCAGGAGCGCCCGGGGACUGGCCCGGCUGUCCCCGGAGGGGCUGCCCAUGCUACACCUCAGCUGCAGCCACCAGACCACGGGGACUGGACGUAUGAGGAGCAGUUCAAGCAGCUCUACGAACUGGACGCAGACCCCAAGAGGAAGGAGUUCCUGGAUGACUUGUUCAGUUUCAUGCAGAAGCGAGGGACACCUGUGAACCGCAUCCCCAUCAUGGCAAAGCAGGUACUCGACCUGUUUAUGUUGUACGUGCUGGUUACGGAGAAGGGCGGCUUGGUGGAGGUCAUCAACAAGAAGCUGUGGCGGGAGAUCACCAAGGGACUGAACCUGCCCACGUCCAUCACCAGCGCUGCCUUCACACUGCGCACCCAGUAUAUGAAGUACCUGUACCCCUACGAGUGUGAGAAGCGUGGCCUCAGCAACCCCAACGAGCUCCAGGCAGCCAUCGACAGCAAUCGGAGGGAAGGCCGGCGCCAGAGCUUUGGGGGCUCCCUCUUUGCCUACUCGCCGGGCGGGGCUCACAGCAUGCUGUCCUCGCCCAAACUGCCUGUGUCCUCCCUGGGCCUGGCCGCCAGCACCAACGGCAGCUCCAUCACCCCAGCCCCCAAGAUCAAGAAAGAGGAGGAUGCAGCCAUCCCCAUCACAGUCCCCGGCCGCCUGCCAGUCUCCCUGGCAGGUCACACCGUGGUGGCGGCCCAGGCAGUAGCAGCCCAGGCGGCCGUGGCAGCACAGGCAGCUGCCCUGGAGCAGCUUCGGGAGAAACUGGAGUCUGGGGAGCCUCCCGAGAAGAAGAUGGCCCUGGUGGCAGAGGAGCAGCAGCGGCUGAUGCAGCGGGCACUUCAGCAGAACUUCCUGGCCAUGACAGCACAGCUGCCUAUGAGCAUCCGGAUCAACAGCCAAGCCUCCGAGAGCCGCCAGGACUCGGCUGCGAACCUGACCAGCACCAACGGCAGCAACAGUAUUAGCAUGUCAGUGGAGAUUAAUGGAAUCAUGUACACAGGAGUGCUGUUCGCCCAGCCACCGGCCCCCACGCCACCCUCCGCUCCCAGCAAAGGUGGAGGCGGCAGCAGCAGCCGGGGAGGAAACAGCGGGACCAACAGCAGCAGCAGCAGCAGCAGCAGUGCAGGCAGCCAGGCAGGUCCAGCAGGGAUGUCUGCACCCCCCACAUCUACCUCAAACAACUCAUUGCCUUAACCGCAACACUCCCCACCCUGGGAACCUGCCAGAUUGGGCAGGGGGUCCAGGUGGGCCAAGCAGGAGCUGGGAUGGCGGAAGAUACGGGUGGGGAGGGGAGGUAUCCACAGAGGAGCGACAGCUUAACGCCAAAAAGAAAAGAAAAAUAUAUAUACAUAUAUAUAUAUAUAUAUAUAAAGAAAAUUUAAUAAAACAGGGGAAAACCAAGGAACACUUGAAUUACUCAGGUUUCGGACAUUCAGAGAUGAAUUGUGAGAAUAUCAAAGGAAAUUAGAAAUGAGGGAGGCAAAUGUUUACUAGGGCUCUCCUGCAGCCCUGGUGGACCCAUGUGGACUGGUGUCUGGUUUCAACAGGCCAAUCCUGUUUACCUCAUACAUCCCUGCACUGUUUUUUCAUUUUUAUCUGUUAUUUUCUUUGCUUUUUUUUUGUCCGUUUGUCACACACUCACCACACCCAGCUCCUUGUGUUGAAUGAAACCCCUGAGCCAAGAUCAGUUGAAUUUUGUUGUUGUUGUUGCUUUCGGGAAUUUGUUGUUGUUUUUUUAAAAGAAAUAGUGAAAUUCAAACUCUAUAGGGUUUUUAAGAGGUUUUAGGGGUUUUGUUUUGUAAAUAUUCUAUUUUAUUCUUGGGGGAGGAAUCAAACCUAGGAAAAGGAUAUAUAUAUCUAUAUAUUUGUGUUCAUUCAGGGAAACUGGACUUGAAAAAGAAAAAAAAAAAAAAGGCCAAAAAAAACAAGUAAUACCCUUUAUUUUUCCCAUGACUGAUUUGGGUUCGGUUGUGCAUUUCCUGUGGUGCAGUGGGCCCAGGACACUGGAUGCCUGGGCUGGAGUCAGCAGAGCCGAUGAACUCAGGUGGUGUGGGCUGGGCUGGGCUGGGCUGGGGGGUGCAUGGCGGGGUCCUGGGGGAAGAGGGGCAGGGAUGCUGAAUGCUAGAUGUCACCGGACUUGUGUUUCAGGCUGGGCUCCUCAGUCAGGAGCCCCGAAGUCUUAACUCAAAAGGAGAAAUUGCUGGGGUGGGGGGUGCUCCCCCGCCAGCCCCAGGCUCCUGUCUCAGGGAUGAACACAGCCUGGGGGUGCCGUGUCCGGGGACGCCGUGUCUGGGGGUGCCAUCCCGGGACACCGUGUCCGGGGAUGCCGCGUCUGGGGAUGGGGGUGAGCCGGCCUUAGCUCAGGGCGGGGUUUCUGGGGCCAUGGCACCCUGAACCCCCUCACCCCACCCCACUCCCGUUCUCAUCUCUUUAACUUUGUCCCUCUAUACUUGCUGGGAGCCCUGCAGUGACUCAAGGAACUACACACAGGCCGGGGGGGGGGGGGGGGUGGCCCGCCCUCCUACCCCCCGACCAACCCUGUUCCCCAGGUCAGAAGGCAGGCAUUGGUGAGAUGCAGCUGGGGUCGGGGGCGCCGGUCAGAUGUGGCACGCAGCCUGCACAUCCGUCGGCCCUAAGCCCAGGUGCGCUUUUGGGCCGUUUCCUUCCGUCCUCAGGACCAGGUAGUGUUGGGUGGGGCUGUGCCUCCCUCCCGCACGGCAGUGCUUUUUCACGUCCCUCUGAGGGUGGGGGUGGGCUGGGAAGAACGCAGCUGUUCCCAGGUGAGCCUGGAAAAACUAAUUGGACCCCGGGAGCCUGACCUAACGAGCCCGGAGGGGCGGCGGGGCUCCGCCAGCAGCCUGCUCUCUCCCAACCCAGGCGUCAUCUUGUUGCCUUGGAGACCUUGGGGGUGGUCCUGAGCCCCCAGUCUCGCCGGGUUUGCCUUCCUGUGGGGUGAGGUGUGUCUCUGGGAGGGAACCCAUUUCUUUGGUGUAUCUCAGGGUCGCUGACGCCCCCCACCCUCCCAGGAGAGGGUGGGGCAGGGCUUGGGCCUUUCUUCCUGCUUCUGGAAGGGUCUCCCCUCCUGUUGUCUCCCACUGCAGUGGCACAAUCAUUGUGGGAGGGGGAUCCUUUUGUUCCCAGACACAAUCUGCCCCCCUUGUUUGCCAUCCCCCCUCUCCCUCUGCUCUCCCCUCACCUGACCCUGGGAGUGUGGGCGGCUGCCCUCUGCCCCCCACCCGCUUCCUGCCGGCCUUGUAGAGGGGGUUGUCUGCUGCGAGUUUCUUUCUACCUCAGGUCUGACUCUUGAUGCCAAAACCCCCGCCUGGGUGCCCACCUCCCUAGCCCCCAGCUCAGGGUCCCACGCACGCAUGCUGUUGCAUCGACGUAUAUAGCGGGGCCCCGGCAUCGGGGGACAGAGCGUCGUGCGGGCAAUAGGCCAACCCCCCCACCCCCCGCAUCUGACUCAGGGUGUGCCUGUGGUGCUGGGCAACGCUGAUGAUUGUAGGGGAGGGAGCAUGGGCCCAGGAGGGGGGGACCCACCGGCCAUGGAAAUAGCAGGGGGUCCCGGGACCCACCGGCCAUGGAAAUAGCAGGGGGUCCCGGGGCCAGGAGGGACUUCGCCCUCCAAGGGGCCCUGCCUCUGCCUAGGUCGCUCCAAUCAGUACCCCCACACUCCCAGCCCCACCGCUGCCUAUCGGUGUGGGUUUCUGGGGUGCACUUAGCACCCCUUAUGCAAACCUGGGGGGACCGGGGUUGAGUGCUGUUCAUUCCUGAACGGGUGGGGCUUAGCAGCAUGCCUUGGAUGGGGGCCCCCAAACUCAGGGUGGAGAGGGGCUCGAGGGGUACCCCUGCUCUGCUGAUGCUUGUGGACGGGCUGCUUCUAGAACCUUCCUUGUGACCUCCAAACUGGCCGCGGGUCUGUAGCUGUCCAGCUGGGGGCGGGCGGGGGUGGGGGGCGGGCACGGGGUGGCGGGUUGGUUUGUAAUAGUUGUGCGUUUGUACAGUCACUUUUCUCACUGUUAGCAUUUUUGCCCACCACCAUUUUUUUUUCCCUUAAUUUUGCUUCUGCAUUUUUUUCUUGGCAAACACGACUUCAGCCUUUCAUGCCUGACUUGUGAAAUUUCAGUUUCUCUGGGGUUUGUCAGAAGGCGUGGGGAGCACGCCUGAACUCAGGUUAAAGGGAAAAAAAAACUUCCAAUAAAAAGACGUAAAACUACUCUCUACCUCUGGCCGGGCUCAGCCUGUCGUACCUUGGCUGCGGCAGGGCAGCCCGUGACGAUUUAUUUCAGUUUUUGCAGGAUAUUCAGGUAUUAAAAGGAAGGGGGGAAAAAAGACAAAAAAAAAAGUGUGAUUUUGAAAUUUAAAGGAACACUGAAAGUUUACAUUUUAUAACAUUAUUAUGCAGAUUGUAUUUAAACUUCAGAAAUAUUUAAGACAAUUGUAACCCUGUAAAGCUGAUGAAAUAUUAAAACAAGACAAAACACUUCUGACUUUUAACAGAAAA